AACUUACGUCGCUGACGAUGGCAGGGCUCGUGGAGAAGCUCGUGAACAUUGUGGGGCGCGCCUUCUACUCGGACGAGCAUGUCGUCGUACUCAGUGCCUUAAUUCGUGAGAAGUUUAUGAAGGACGACGAGAUGGGGAACGCUGUGAACCUACAGACGCGUCAAGUGCGCAAAAUCAUGAACGAGCUGCACCAAGACAACCUCGUCUGCGAGGAGGUGCUGAACGACAAGCGGCUGGGCGGCAGCUCGUCCACGUCGUACUGGUACAUUGACUACAAGUACUUUGUGGACGUGGUACAGUACCGUUUGUACUUGAUGCACGAGCACCUUAAAGACAGCGAGCAGCUGGAAAUCGAGCGACAAACAUUCCAAUGCAGCGAUCCAGAGUGUGGGCGAGAGUACACGGCACUAGAGGCGCAAUUACUGCUGAUGCCCGGCCAGUAUCAGUUCCGCUGUGGCCACUGCAAUGAAUUGCUACUGGAAUGUGACAACAACGAUCGACUGUUGCGGGUCCAGAGCUUGCAGCGCAAGUUUAAGGACCAGAUGAACAAGCAGAACGGCUUGCACGAAGGCAUUUACGAGGUGUUACGUCGUAUUGGCGACUUUGUCAAGGAAGGACACGUGCUGCCGAACAAUUUGCCCAGUGACAACCGCGCUGCUGGCCUUGGAGGUAACAGCGCUCGUGCUGCUAAUGCUGCUAAUGGAGGAGGCGGUCGGGGAGGAGGCGGGGGAGGCGGCGGUGGCAACCGCGGAGACGAUCAGAACAGCCAGUCGUACCUGUACCCGUACGGCGCACAAGACCAGGAGAUUAUCGUCGAUAUCGCAGGCAACGACCAGGCUGAGGACGAGUAUUUAACGAGCAGAGAGCGGAAAGAGGACAAGGAAGCAGCCAGCCAACAGGUCGCAGCUCCCCGCGCGCUACCAGAGUUCUUGCAGGGCAGCUCUAUCAGUGGACAUAUGGCAGCGAAGCACUUGCAAGCUGCUGCUGUGGCAGAUGAGAAGCCGAUGUCGAUGGAAACGAGCCUCCAAGGGGUGGAUCCUCUUACUCAGAGCGAGAUGACGGAAGAACAGAGACAGGAAGCGUUCAAACGCGCAUAUAUGGCCGAGCUGGAGAGAUACAACGAAGAGAACCACGAAGGAGAAGUGCAGGUGCAGGUAGACAAGCAGGGCUGGGACGCCGAGAUGAACGGCGACGCGAUGGACGAGGAAGAGCUAGAGGACGUCGAGUGGGAGUGGUGCACAGACGACGAAGGCGGCGUCAACGACGUGGAAGUCACGGUCAAUGGCCAGCCCAAGCGCUUGGACGGAGUGGACGACGAGGAUCUGCUUGAUAUGACGGAGGACGAGUUCCUGAGCUGCUACCGGAUGUGUCUUGCUGAGAGCGGCGCGUCUUAA